UAACAUUAACUAAUAUUAAAAAUGAAGUCAAUACUUUUGUUAGUAUUACUCUCAAUAGUAAAUGCAGAUAAUAAUAACACAAAUGAUUUCGAUAUAAAAGACUACGAAAAUGUGAAAAACUCACGUAACUUCACGGGAAAAGUAGUUUUAGUGACCGGAUCGAGCACUGGUAUCGGUGAGGGUAUUGUCAAACUAUUCUCCAUAUUAGGUGCCAAAGUGGUGGUCACCGGUAGGAAUGAAACACAGAUUGAGAAAGUGGCUCAAGAAGUACAACAACUAUCUCCCUAUGGACUGAAGCCGUUACAAGUGGUGGCAGAUCUCACCAAAAAUGAUGAUUUGAAUACUCUUAUCAACAAAACUAUUGACACAUUUGGCAAACUGGAUGUAUUGGUGAACAACGCCGGCAUUUACCCCAUGUCUCCCAUCAGUGACGCAAACAUUAUGCAAGUCUUUGAUCAGGUGUUCAAUACUGAUCUGCGAGCCAUUGUCCACACCAUUCACCUCUCGCUUCCAUUUAUGACCAAAACUAACGGCACUAUUAUUAACAUUUCAAGUAUUGCUGCUUUACAUCCGUCGAAUCCGUUUUUGGCGUACAGUUCCGCAAAAGCAGCCCUCGAUAUGUUGACAAAGGUAUUGGCCCUUGAAUUGGGUCCGCAAGGGAUUCGUGUCAAUACUAUUAAUCCCGGUGCAACUCAAGUGCCAUCAAUGGAUCUAAGCGUAGAUCUGAUUAAAAAAAUGGUUCAUAAGAUAACAACUCUGACACCACUGGAGAGAUUGGGACAGCCGUUAGAUGUGGCCAAAGGGGUGGCAUUCCUGGCCUCAAGUGAUGCCCAUAUCAAAUGCUCAGCAUUCAUUGCUAUUACAAACGUAUUCGCACUUCAAUCCAAUGAUAUCUACGACGAGGUGAGGGGUUCACGAAAUUUCACGGGAAAAGUAGUUUUGGUGACCGGAAGUAGUUCUGGAAUCGGAGAACAAAUCGUCAAACUAUUCUCGGCAUUGGGCGCCAAUGUUGUGGUCACCGGUACAAAGGAUGCGGACAUACAGCGAGUGGUCAAAGAGGCUCAAGACUUAUCGCCACAAAAGCUUAAACCAUUAGGACUGGCGGCAGACCUCACAAAAACGGAUGAAUUGGAAAAACUAGUGAAUGAGACCAUCAAGACGUUCACCAAAUUGGAUGUAUUGGUCAAUAAUGCGGGCAUUUAUUUGACGGCUAAUCUUAUGGACAAAAAAUUUUGGGACACUUUCGCGGCGUAUGAGAAAAUCGAUGUCACGGCGGCCCUACAGCUCAUACAACAUGCCGUCCCAUACCUGCAAAAAACAAAGGGAUCUAUCAUUAGUAUAUCCAGUGUUAUCAUACAGAGACCGCAAAAAGGUAUGUUAGCCUACGAACUGGCCAAGGAGUGCCUGGAUAUGUCUACCCGGGUAUUAUCGCUAGAGUUGGCACCACUGAUCCGAGUGAAUGCAAUCAGUCCCGGCUCAGUGUUGUCCCACCCGUUGAAUACGACAGACCCGGUGGCUGUGGCCCAGUAUAACAAGACCGUCAAAAUCACACCAUUGGCCAGAAUAGGUCAGACCUCAGACAUCGCCAAAGGUGUGGUAUUCCUGGCCUCCAGUGAUGCCGAGUUCAUCACCGGUCAGAAUCUGGUCAUCGAUGGCGGACUCAACUAUAACAUGGACUCAAACUUUUCUAAUCCAUAA